CUGAAUCAUUGCUGAAUGUAAACCACGGGGGAAGGAAAGAUGGUGGCGAGUACCCGAGUACAGAAGCUGCUCCGACGGUACAAACUCGCUAUCGCCGCCGCGCUGACCAUCCUCCUGAUCCAGGGGCUGGUGGUAUGGAGUCUGCGGAGCCUGGAGGAGGGAGAGGCGGAGCGGAAGUUCCGGCGCUCUAAGCUGCCUGAUCACAAUAAUCAGGACCUGAAGCGAGACCCCGAGGCCUGGGAGCGGCAGAAUGCCCUAUCGGGAGGCUAUAACAGCCGGUGGAAGCAGGGCUUGGAGCGGGCGGCCGUUACCCGAGCUCUCAGGAAGGGAGCUAAGCGGCGAGCUAAGACCUCCCUGAAGGACAAUGGAGUAAUGGCUCAGGUCGCCGGAGCGCCUGCCGACGGCGUGGCACCGUACGACCCGUCCAGCAGCCGAAACUUCACUGAUCUGAGGACGGGGGAAGGAGGCAAGAUCCCACUGGUUGUUCCAGGAGAACCGGGGAGCGUUGAAGGUGCCCCUCAGAUACCCAACAGUGACUUUGUACCCAAAUGUGAUAUCUCGGGCAAGGAUGCCCUGUCCGCUCUGCACCGCGCCACCUCCAGACAGUGCCGGCAGGAGCUCGCCAACAUCGUGUGCCAACACCAGGCUGGAGAGCUGAUGCCACAGGCUCUGCCUCAGUUCUGCCCACAGCACGUUCUGUCCAGUGCUGCUCAGCAGAUCGACAUCAUAGACAGUGAUAUAUCUAAAGUGGAGAACCCGGUCCGGGUGGCCUUCGUACUGAUGGUCCACGGCCGAGCCAUCCGGCAGCUCAAGAGGCUUCUUAAAGCCAUUUAUCACAAAGACCACUUUUAUUACAUCCAUGUAGAUAAGCGCUCCAACUACCUGCACCGUGAAGUCCUGCAGAUGGCGGAGCUGUAUCCCAACGUGAGGGCCACGCCCUGGCGCAUGGUCACCAUCUGGGGUGGAGCCAGCCUGCUGAAAGCCUACUUGCGCAGCAUGCAGGACCUGCUCUCCAUGCUGGAGUGGAAGUGGGACUUCUUUAUCAACCUCAGCGCCACAGACUUCCCCACCAGGACCAACGAUGAGCUGGUGGUUUUCCUCUCGCAGAACCGCGACAAGAACUUCCUGAAGUCUCACGGCAGAGAGAAUGCCAGGUUUAUUAAGAAGCAGGGGCUGGACCGCCUCUUCCACGAGUGUGAUAAUCACAUGUGGCGUCUGGGCGAGCGCACUAUUCCCGAGGGGCUGGAGGUUUCGGGAGGUUCUGAUUGGUUCUCGCUGACGCGGCGCUUCGUGGAGUACGUGGUCACGUCUCAGGACGAGCUGGUGAACGGACUGAAGCAGUUCUACACCUACGCCCUGCUUCCUGCCGAGUCUUUCUUCCACACUGUGUUGGGAAACAGUCACAUGUGCGACACACUGGUGGACAACAACCUGCGCGUGACCAACUGGAACCGCAAGCUGGGCUGCAAGUGUCAGUAUAAGCACAUCGUGGACUGGUGCGGCUGCUCCCCCAACGACUUCAAACCCACAGACCUCAUCCGGAUUCAGCAGCUGACCAGACCCACGUUCUUCGCCCGCAAGUUCGAGUCCACCGUAAACCAGGAAGCCAUAGACAUCCUGGACACCCACCUGUACGGGCACUACCCGCCGGGCACGCUGGCGCUGAAGGCUUACUGGGAGAGUCUGUUUGAGCGGGAGGACGGUGUGGGCACUCUCAGUGACGUGGCUCUGACUGCGUACUCCUCCUUCUUCAGACUGGGUCUGCGCAGCCAGGAGUCCGCCCACGCCAGCAGUGAGGCCUGCAGGUUCGAGGCCGUGGGCUACCCCGUGUCGGUGCAUGUGUAUUUCUAUGACGAGCGUUUCCAAGGUUACCUGAUAAGACAGGAAGUGCAGAGCGUGGUGUCUGGAGGCAGAGAGAUGCUGGAGGUGUGGGCCGUUCCCCAAGCAACUCUACAGCUGGAGAGCAACCUGCACGAGUUCGAGAGGCUGAAGAACCUGGAGGUUGGAACAGAGUGGGACCCCAAGGAGAGAAUCUUCAGGAACUUUGGAGGGGUGAUGGGUCCUCUGGAUGAACCUGUGGCGGUGCAGAAAUGGGCUCGGGGUCCAAAUCUCACAGCUACCAUCGUGUGGAUCGACCCGGCGCAGGUGGUGGCGGCUUCGUAUGAUAUCAGCGUGGACGUGGAGGCCGAGUUCACUCAGUAUAAGCCUCCUCUGCAGCAUCCGCUCCGGCCCGGCGUGUGGACGGUCCGAGUGCUGAGGCUGUGGGAGCGGGUGGCGGAGUCGCGCUUCCUGGUGAUGCCUCUGGCUUUUAAAGGAAGAGAACCUCUUCGCAAAGAAGAACACAGCUGGCUGCACGCAGGUCCUCCUGGUAACCUGUACAUGGAGCAGGGCUUCCAGCAGCUGGCCCACGUGCUGAAGCUGCCCCCCAUGGAACCUGCACUGCAGGAGGCCCAGAAGAAAGCCUCUCUGCUGGGUAAAGAUCUGGAGGUCUGGGUGGACAGUUUGGUUGGAGGCUUCUGGGUGACGGGAGAUAUCUGCUCCAGCCAGCUCUCGCUGUGUCCCACCGUGGCACUGUGUGCAAAGACCACGUGGAGCUCCCUGUCUCCAGACCCCAAAUCAGAACUGGGGCCGGUCAAAAGCAACGGGCGAAUCAGGUAGCCCCAUCAGGAGAGAAGUGGAGAGGGGAACACUAAAGAACUGCACAGUGAGUGAAGUACACAGUCGAGUGGGCGGGGCCUGUGAUGAGUGAUGUUUACGGGGUACAAUGGAUGACCGUUCCAUUGCGAAUGGAGUCCCUCAGGGGUGUAUUCGAGGCCCCUUAACCUUCCGUUUUUUUCUGUUUUGAGGGAUUUGUACAACGUCAGGGAGAAUCUAGGAGAGCGCAGAUUUGUUGAUGAUGUUCGCACAUGAGGACAACCUGACUUUUUUGAGAUUUGCGACUUUUUUGUCUACGUGUCUCUUUGUUCAGAUGUCACACACAAAAAAAAGUUACGCUAAACGUUACAGUCUUGAUUUAAGGUUCGUCCACGUACGUACAGUUUUGGUCCAAGAGGGUUUGAUAAUGGGAGAUCUCUUCACCUCAACGGUUUCUCAACUCUUCUUCUUUUUUUAUUUACAGGACGAUCAAAAGAAUGAAAGUAAAUGAAAGUGCACAUUUUUCUUCUUUAUCUGUAUCUGUAAAAGGCGUGGCCGAAACCUUUUGAAACCAUUUGACGCUCUACUACCUGUUGAAGGCUAAAGUGGGCGGAGUCCUCCGGCCUGUAUUUCUAUGCUUAUUUUGAAGCAUUAAUAUCGGAACUUCACGAGCAGAUGGAUGAAGUGCACUUUACUGUAAGACAAAGGUCUUCUCUGUACCGUUCGGCGUUGGAGUUCAAAGUCACGAAGACGAUGAAGUCACUGUCGAGGGCGGAGUCAGCUGACUCCGCUGCCUCCGCCCGUUAUCAUAUUUCGAAUGCUGCUGCUCACGGAGGCGCGUCUACCAUCGCAUGGAUUCAUUGUGUACAGUUCAAGCAGUUCAAGCGACUAAAUGGACAGCGCCACUAAUGACAUCCGUCCAUUAGAAGACCAGAUUAAGACUGGUGUGAUCAGUUUUGCAUUGCUGUGGAUGAUUUUCACUUUGUUUUUUUUUAUUUUUAUUUUUUCUUAAAUGUCCAUUACUGCAGAAAAGUACAUCAGAGAGUUGUGAGGCACAGGCUGAAUGCCCCUCUUAAUAUACAGCUCUGGAAAAAAUAAGAAACCACUUCAGUUUCUGAAUCAGUUUCUCUGAUUUUGCUAUUUAUAGAUUUAUGUUAAAGAAAAAAUAACAACCGUUGUUUUAUUCUAUAAACUACAGACAACAUUUCUCCCAAAUUACAAAUACAAAUAUUGUCAUUUAGAGCAUUUAUUUGCAGAAAAUGAGAAAUGUCUGAAAUAACCAAAAAGAUAAUGCAGUAAUGCAAAGAAAAAAAGUUCAUAUUCAUAAAGUUUUAAGAGUUCAGAAAUCAAUAUUUGGUGGAAUAACCCUUUUUUUAUCACCAUUUUCUUCAUGCAUCUUGGCAUCAUGCUCUCCUCCACCAGUCUUACACACUGCUUUUGGAUAACUUUAUGCUGCUUUACUCCUGGUGCUGCAAAAUUCCAGAGGUUUUCAAUUUGGUAAAAUCUAAGAAUCUUAUCAUUUUAAAGUGAUCUCCUAUUUUUAUUUCCAGAGCUGUAUAUAAAGCAAACAAUUCUUGGUUCCCACUAAUUCUUGUUCUUGUUUUUUGAUCAGUUGAGUUAAGCUACCCUUGCUCUGCCCACAAAUGUCGUUUUAGGUAUGGUUGUUUGAGUUGGACACGCUUUUAGAACUGUUCAAACUGUUCAGAAGAAGAAGUUAAAAUUUUAUGUUUUAAAUGUAAAAGUGACAAAAGAGAUGACCAAGACCGAGUACAGAUACUACAGAGUUCAGCGUUUCUAACUAACUACACUACAUUACACUAAACUUCUCGUAGUCUUCUCCCAGACCGAGCGUCUCAGACUGCCUUCAUUGAACUAACAACUCAUAAAAGCAUAAAACCUCGAUCUACAGUGUCACACUCUACAAAGACAUCUAGAUCAAGACUUUAGUGCUGUUCAGUACUAGUUGUACACAUUAGCAAGCAGUUGUGUAAAGCUUGUCCACCCUUGACAACGGUUGCUAUGAUUGAAUCCUUUUGUGGGCGGAGCUUUGGUAGCUCCUGUGGUUGUAGGUGAUGCACAUGCCACUUGGUUCUCGCCCAGUUUACUGCUGGAUCGUAAUAAAUGCUGUUUGCUCUGUUACAGUCUUGUUGGGUAGUUUUGCACGUUGUCCAAACAGCAAGCAAUGCACUCGUUCUAAUCCGGUUUACAACUGAUGUGCUGCUUUUGUGGAUGUUUUUGGAGGUUUUGAUGGUACACCAUGCUGAUUUUAUCUCAGUCUCAGUGCAGUAGAAGCUUAUUCAUAAAAUUGAUGGAUGCAUUAUUUUCUGGCUCUGCAUAAAACACAUUGUUUGUGUGAAAUGGUAUUUAAUGUAGCUUUGUUUUUUUUGACCACUUACAAUGUAAUUUACCCAGAUUGCAUUAAAGCCUUAAGGCUAGUUUAUUUCCCCGUUUAUGUACAAAUUAAUAAGACACUCAUAUGUUCCUCACCUAUAAGUUUUUAGAGUAUGUGCACAAAUACGGAAGAAAUUAACUCUCUGUAUCCGUAAGAUUUAUAUAUUUUUUUCAAAUACUUCUACAAAUACAGACAGUAAAAGUAAUGCUCCGUUUAUAUAUGUAAGCUUUAGAGGACACUGACAAAUAUGGACGAAAUCAACUCUCUGUGUCUGUAAGCUUUCAGAAAACCGUAUUUGUACGAUUUCAGAGGAUGUGCACAAAUACGGAUAAAAAGAACACAUCCGUAUCCAUAAUCUUUUAUAAUACUUCCACAAAUACAGACUAAAUUAAUGCUUUUUAUUCAUUAUGUUACAGAAAAUGUGCACAAAUACGGAUAAAGCAAACACUCUGUAUUCAUAAGCUUUUGCAAACUUCCACAAAUACGAACAAAAUAAAUUCUCUAUAUAUUAAAGCUUUUAAGUAUUGGCAAAUGCAGAUAAAAGCUAUGAAGCUGGAAGCUUUUGGAGAACAUAAAACAAAUACGGAAAAAUGAACAGCCUGUAUCCAUGAGUUAUCAGACUUUGUGUACAAACACGGAAGAAACGUACUGUCCAUAUCCUUAAACUUUCAAAGAACAUAUAAAAAUACAGAUAAAAAAGUGGUCUGUAUCUGUAAGCUUUCAGACAACUUUCACAAAUUUGGACAAAAUUAAUGCUCUCUGUUUGUAAGCGUUUAGAUAAUGUGCACAAAUAUGAACAAAAUGAAUUCUCUGUAUCCAUGAUUUUUCAGACAGUUUUUUUUGUCCAUGGUUUGUGCACAGACACUCCGUAUUUGUAUUAUUUAAGAACAUGCACAAAUAUGGAUGAAAAGAACGUUCUGUAUCUGUGAGCUUUCAGAGAAUACAUACACACAAAUACGGAAAAAUACGGAGAAAACGCGCAAAUACAGAUAAAAAGAACAGUCCGUAUCCGUAAACUUUCGGAGGAUAUAAACAAAUAUGGAUGAAAUUAAUGCUCUGUAUCUAUCAUUUUUUGUUCACAAACGCCAAAAAAACUGUCUGUAUCCGUAAACUUUCAGAGAAAAUGCACAAAUACAGAUAAAAAAAAAAGAACGCUCUGUAUCUGUAAGCUUUCAGACAACUUUUACAAAUCUGGACAAAAUGAUUGUUUUGUGUUUGUAAGCGUUUUGAGAAUGUGCAAAAAUACGGACAAAAUGAAUGCUCUGUAUCCAUGAGGGGUUUUUUUUAGACUUUGUGCACAAACACAAAAGAAACUCUCCAUAUCCGUAAACUUUCAGAGAAAAUGCGCAAAUAGAGAUAAAAAGAACAGUCCGUAUCUAAACUUUUGGAGAACUUGCACAAAUACAGAUAAAGAAAGGAUACUCUGUAAACUUUCAGAGAAUACACACAGAUAUGGACGAAAUGACCAGUCUAUAUUAUACUUUUGGAGAACAUAAUGAAAUCCAGAUUAAAUCAUUGCUCUUUAUCCAUCAUUUUUCAGACUUUGUGCACAAACACAGAAAAAACUGUCUGUAUCUGUGAGCUUUCAGAGAACUUUUACAAAUCUGGACAAAAUUAUUGUUUUGUGUCUGUGAGCGUUUACAAAUACGGACAGAAUGAACAGUCCAGUCCGUAGCCGUACUUUUUUGAAAAAAGUGCACAAAUACAGAAAAAAACAUCACAUAGUACGGACAUAAUGCUCUAUCCGUAUCUGUAUUUAACGCUAAGCAUAAAUCAGCCUUAACUAAUUUACUGAUGAAUAAAUCAUGUCUUAUUUGUUCAUGUUUACAUGUACAUUUUGCGAGAUUGUGUUUUAAAGCUUGCUGGCUGUUUGGACAAGGUGUUUCAAAACUGAUGCAUAUAUGUUUUUUGAAAUUUCCACUGUAGAAAAUUUAAACCACUCUUGCAGUUCAAUACAGGCUAAUGAUGUUUAGCCUCAGGCUGCAGUGGAGGCCUGGCACCAUAACUGGGCAGUUUUGACUGGCUGAUAAACUGUUUCAGAAGUGAUUUUACAGGACAUGAAGCAAAAUUGAUUGAGGUCAGCGCCAUAUACAGCUCUGGAAAAAAUUCAAAGAGCACUUCAGAUUCUGAAUCAGUUUCUCUGAUUUUGCUAUUUAUAGGUUUAUGUUUGAGUAAAAUGAACAUUGUUGUUUUAUUCUAUAAACUACAGACAACAUUUCUCCCAAAUUACAAAUAAAAAUAUUCUCAUUUAGAGCAUUUAUUUACAGAAAAUGAGAAACGGCGGAAAUAACAAAAAAGAUGCAGAGCUUUCAGACUUCAAAUAAUGCAAAGAAAACAAGUUCAUAUUCAUAAAGUUUUAAGAGUUCAGAAAUCAAUAUUUGGUGGAAUAACUCUGGUGGUUUUUUAAUCACAUUUUUCAUGCAUCUUGGCAUCAUGUUCUCCUCCACCAGUCUUACACACUGCUUUUGGAUAACUUUAUGCUGCUUUACUCCUGGUGCAAAAAUUCAAGCAGUUCAGUUCAUCUUCCUCUUGAUUAUAUUCCAGAGGUUUUCAAUUUGGUAAAAUCAAAGAAACUCAUCAUUUUUAGGUGCUCUCUUAUUUUUUUUCCCCCAGAGCUGUUUCUUGUACGAAAAACAUUGAUAAAUCGAUUAUUUAACUAUACUGUAUCGUGACCGGCCUAGCUACAUGCAUCAUUAGUAAGGUACACUAUUAAUCACAUGGUUAUUUGUUAUAUGGUGGAUUUUUUUUGUUUUUUGUUUGUUUGUUUGUUUUAGUUGUGUGUUACUUUCCCACUUUAAAAUAAGGCUCAUUUAUAGUUGGGUUUAUAAAGGAGUUUAUUAAUGACUACAGACUGGUUUAUAUAGUAGAAAUAGGUUUAAUAGUAUAAAUAAAUGUGGGAUCACUAUUUUGCGUAAAUUUUGAUUUUUAUGUAUUUAAUAAUUAAUAGUAAUUAAUAAUGAUAAAUAGACUAUUAAUAAACCCUUUUAUAAAAGAGCCUUAUUUUAAAGUGGUACUUAUUGCUACCUAACUGCAGCAACCAUAAAAAUCAUCUGUUAAUUUUCUGAUUUACUAAUUUAAAACUCUGCUAUUGUUACGAUGAAUUUAAGUGACCUUUUGUCUUCAUAUUCUUGCUUCAGAGAAGAUUUUUGUUUUGUUUUUCGAACAAAAGUGUGUGUGUGUGUGUGUGAGUGUGUGUGUGUGUGUGUGUGUGUAUAUGGAUGGUAUGAAUGGGAUAUUUUUCUAUUUAUAUUCCUCUAAAUGAGGGAGGACAUAUGUUGAGCUGUUAGAUGAGUGAGGAUGCUGCUUCAGUCUGUCUUCUAUCUGUCUCUGUCUGUCUCAUCACCCUCGUCCUGCAUCGUCUGUCUCUCUGUCCAUCCUGAAGCGGUACCAGGGGCCCGGGGCUCCUCUGCUGAACGGCGCUGUGCAAAACUUGCGGUGAAGUUUAAAGAGCAGAGACUUUUCUGUUGGAGGCACAAUAAACAUGUGAAUUUGAUGGAA